AUGCCCCGUGCCAAGUCCCACCGGCGGGCCCAGGCCCUGAAGCAGAGGAUGGCGCAGCCGCUGCCAUGGAUCCCCCAGCCGCCUGUCCCCGAGUUCGUCGCUCGGCGCGGUACAGGGUACCGCCAUCGCGUGCGGAGAUGGCCGACUUCGAAGCUGACCCAGCGCAGCUUCAAGUUGGUCACUCCUGCCCUGCAGCCGGACCAGAAGAUGGUGUUCGUCGUGGGAGACUCCCACCUGCGGGCCCUGGUGGAUGGGAUCGUCGCGAUGCCGGAGGUACCUCUGUGUUUUUCUUUUCUCUCUGUUCCAGGUGCGCAUGCAGCAGAGCUGAGGACGGAGGUGUCCCACGCCGCUCUCCCCUGGACCCCGGACGUGGUGUGUGUGCUCGCCCCGAGCAACAACCUGACAGCCAGCAGGAACAUCGGAGAGGCGUCGCUGGACUUCGGUGCUCUCCUGGCUACAGUUUGCAACCGCUGGGCGAAGGUGUUCGUGCUGGACUUCCCUCCACGCCUGAACAUCGAGCCUGGCCUGCAGGAGCUGUUCCGCCAGGAGUACCGCCGUGUCGCAGCACGCAUGGGUCUCCCAUACGUGUCUGUGGCAGAGCACCUCCCUCUGGACCGUUUGGAGCUGUGGAGCCGUGACGGUGUGCACCUCAGCGACAGCGAUGGAACGCCGAUCCUCGUCCAGGCCCUGUGGGACGCCGCGGUCCGCCAGCUGACUCCUCCUCCUCCUCCUCCUCCCUCGGUGCCCCCCCGGACAUCGCCUCGUGCCAGGGUCUCCCCCGUGCUGGUUGUGACUGGACACAGCCCCGCGCCCCGUCACCGUGACCCACUGGAGUGGACUGUCGUCGGACAGGAGGGCAAGAUUCGAGCAUCUCCGGUGCAAGAGUCUGUCCUCCCGUCCAACCCCGUCUGGUUCAGCGGCGACAUCCUGGAUGCCAUGGAGAGGGUUUCGCCAUCCUCGGACAGCGACGUCACUGCCCUUCUGCCAGCUGGCCAGACUUCCCGUGUGAGGCGUUCGCCGAAAGGUGUUGCCACAAGGCGUAGAGGAGGAAAGCGGCAGGUGCUGGCAACACCUUCACCUGCCCGUGUCACCGUGCCUGCCUCCGGGCCCAGACCAGCGGUGCAGCAGGUGGAGUCGUCCAGCGUGGUGCCAGGGGUGGUCGUCGUCCGGGAGGAGCUCGCCGCAGCGUGCCCGGCCGUCCCGGAGGUGCCGGCGAGACCUUCACCAGCCCGUGGGACCGUGUCCGCCUCCGCGCCCAGACCAGCGGUGCAGCAGGUGGAGGCGACAGCCCAGGAGUCGGCCAGCGAGGUGCCGGGAGUGGUCGCCGGUCAGGAGGAGGUCGCCGCAGCGGGCCCUGCCGUCCCAGAGGAGCGACAGAAGAUCUUCAAAGCUAAGGCUGUUUUUGUUCCUUCUAUUUGUCUGGAAUUAGACGGACAGGUGUUUAGGUUCGGUUUUGGUGACACGGUGUUAGGCGAAGUAGGCGUGACCGAAGGUGAAUACAUCGAUUUCGGUGUAUUCAUCAGCUUGCGUAAUGGACUGGAGAGAAUCUUCAGUCAAUACACCACAUGUCUUUUGACAAUGUGCGGAAACACCACUGCCAUCGUGCGUGAGGGUGGACGGUUCGCUGUGGUCGACAGUCACUCACGCAGUAACACUGGCUUGUUGCACCACAACGGUACAAGCGUGGUUCUGCAUUUCGCAUGUCUCGACGACCUGCACCACUACAUCUGUCGUUUGGCCGACAGUCUCCGUUCGAGGGAGAAGCUCUUUGAGCUGUGUGGUGUGACGGUCAGCACAGGUGCAAGUCCAGCGCGGUCUGGUGUGUCUGUGGAGAGUCUCGUCACUGGGAUGAGCGCUGCUCCAGCACCAGACGAGGUGAGCAGCGGUUCAGCGGCAGAACAAACAGUGGCUGAUGGCAGAAAGCGCGUCAUUUCUUCCGACACUUGUAUGUCGAAGAAAUCCAAGAGUUUCGAUGUCCGAGAGGUCAAUUUGGACGUCGAAUUUGUUAACGAGGAAGCGGAACGCCUAGAAGGUUUAGAGGAGAUGAGGCAGCAGCGGGAAGGUGAGAUAGCUGAGGAGCAGCUAGUUGAAUCGCUGGUGAAUGUGCCGGACUUGAUUGUUGGUGGCAGACAGGGGAGCUUCCUGGUUGAAGAUGCUACUGUGGUGCGGCGUCCCAAACUUCCCUACCUCCCAAGUGAUGAUGAUGUCGCCUUGUAG